CUGCUAAGAAAACGCUGUUUUUAAAGGGAAACCAAGGUUGUUGAGGUCUGUGCUGGGCUCAGCGGGCUGAAGGUUGCUGCUGGUUGCAGGGCCGUGUGGAGCAGAAGAGCUGCGCCAUUCCCCUUUUAUCCUCUCAUGUCCCCUUCCCCUGUGUGUUCCCCCCCGUGUGUAAGUGACCCCACACUCCCACCCCAGCCCCUAGCCUUAUCCGUCCCGUUGUGUCAUCACUCCGGCCCGAAGCCUCUCCUCUCACCCCAUGCUUGGAACAAAGCCUCCUCACUGCCAGCCCAAUGACUGCCUGGAUCGUCCUGCCUGUCAGCCUGUCUGCCUUCUCCAUCACAGGAAUAUGGAUAGUAUAUGCCAUGGCUGUGAUGAAUCACCAUGUUUGUCCUGUGGAAAACUGGUCUUACAACGUGACGUGCACAGAGGAGCUGCCGCGACCAGGCUUCCCCAAGACAUGCUGCACCAUCCAGGACAUCCCCCUUAUCAGUAAAUGUGGCUCCUUCCCUCCUGAAAGCUGCCUGUUCAGCCUGAUUGGCAACGUUGGAGCUUUCAUGGUGGUGAUGGUGUGCCUUCUGCGCUACGCCCAGGUGAUCGAGCACAGUCACAGAUGUUGGGUGAACACCAGUGCUAUGGUGUCUGGUUGCACUAACGCUGUGGGUCUGGUCAUGGUGGGCAACUUUCAGGUCGAUCAUGCCAAAUCUCUGCACUAUGUGGGCGCUGGUGUUGCAUUUCCAGCAGGGCUGCUGUUUGUGUGUCUGCAGUGUGUGCUCACAUACCGCGUGGCUGUCACUGCCCUCGACUACUGGAUGGCACAUUUCCGAGUAGCUCUGGCUCUGGGAGCCAUGGUUUCUCUGGUCCUCAGUGGCAUCUUCUUCAUCCAUGAGAGCUUCAUCCUGCAGCACGCCGCCGCCAUCUGCGAGUGGGUCUUCACAGUAGACAUCCUGGUCUUCUACGGCACCUUCACCUACGAGUUUGGCACCGUCACCAGCGAGACCUUGAUGACGGGCCUUCAGCGGAGUCACCACGGCUCCGGCGUCAUCCUCGGCUCCAGGGCCCGGGGCUCGACGCUAAGCGGGGCGACCAAGGGCCUUAAGUCUCCCGGGGGAAGCAGCACAUCCACACAUCUCAACUGUACGCCAGAGAGCAUAGCCAUGUUGUAGCUCUGCAUCACUGCCCAUCACAUCUGUGCAGAGGUGCUUCAUGGGCUCGCAACAGGAGAAGCAGCAUGUGGAGAGAGAGAGAGAGAGAGGGUCAGGCUACAUCCACAUUACUCUGUUUUUGUUUAAAAAUGCAUCAUUUGUGCUCCAGAUACACCUGCCAUGCACAUUACCCUGGGUAUUUUAGAGCUCCAACACUAGGGACAUUUGAAAUCUCUGUGGCUGCGUUUUAGUCCGGACCAGCAGAGACGGAGAUUUUCGGUUACGGUUCCCUGCGUUCACUUCCAGACCGGUUCCUAUCGGCCACAAGUCGACUAUCAGUGACUUUCAGUUUCACCUCGUCGUCCUUCUGAUCGUUACUUUUCAAACGUGUUGGGUUUUCUGGAGCUAGGGAGGGAAUCAUUUUCCUGUUUUUCCUGUUUUCGGCUGAAACGCAGAGGGUUUUUAUCCGAAGAGGUCGUUUUUUCAAAUAAAAACAUAGUCAUAUGGAUGUUGCCCAAAGUUCUCGUACGUUAAACCACUGAACGACACAGGUGUCUUCAUUCUGUUGUUGUUUUUUCUGUUUCACCAAACACUGAGGCAAACGUCCUCUGUAGCCACGUCGAGACGAGGACUGAAUGUGUGGAGUUAGUUUGAAUCGUGCAGCCAUGAAUGUUUGUUUUUUUUUUCUUCUUCUCUUUUGUUAAAUAAAAACGUGUCACUUGUGUGAUGGUGGAAAUGUAAAUGACCUAAAAGCGUAAGGAUUUUUCUCCCCCUCUUCAUGAACUCCAUGCUUCUUCAUGGCCCCACCCGUCUUUGCCUUUUGCUUUUCUCUGCACGGCACACUUUGAAUGAGAGAGAAACACUUUUGUUUUUGCCUAGCGAGUAGAAAACACUGAAUGCUUGAGAUGUGUAUCGUGAGUAGUGGUGUAUAUUUUACCGGCUGUGAGCAUAUAUGGCCUUUUUUUUUUUAAAUGAGUUAAUCAAGCAUAAAUGUUUAUUUAAAUUAUGAAGCAAAAUUCCUUAAAUUCAUGUAUUUGGUUGCACAAAUUUUUUUUCUUUUCUUUUUUUACAUGAUGUAUAUUAUUAUAUGUGUAUCUGGAGCCGUGAUUAUUCCUGAGAUCAUAAUCCAUUUCACUGACACGCGAGCGCUCGGUUGACGACGUCUCGGAGUUUGCGCGAUCUGCCGACCUCUUUUUUUUUUUUUUUUGAUUUCCUGUCACUGUCAUGUUUGGUGCAAUAAUUGCCAUCAGUCCAUCUGAUCAUUUACACUCCACUGUGAGUGAACAAUGCCUUUGUCAGUGUGUUGGAUUUGAACAUAGGGCUCUCGUUUCGCUUUCCAAAAAAAAGAUAUUGUGGCACUAAGAAGUGACCUCCAGCUAUACAAUCCAACUAAUGCACACAGAAUAAGUCUGUUCUCGCGUGCACACGUCUGGUGUGAUUCCAGGCUGGCCCCUUGGAAGCCUUAUAUAUUUCAUUUUUACAGUUUGACACCUGCUGGUGAGGAUACUCGUCCACCUUGUGCCAUAAAACCUCAUGGCUUCACAGCGGUGUCCGUGCAGCGACACCACGCGUGUUGCAUAGAGUGGAGCGUUUUUGUGUCGUAGCUUUAAUGCCAGACUGCCACUGCUCAAACUCCAACUGACAAAUGCCAUUCGUGUGUUGCGUCGACAUGUGACAAAAAAAACAAACAAAACAGUGUUCUGCCCUAAGUUUAACUGUCUUAUCCACUGGAUGCCAGCAAUACACAUUUUUAAAUGUCACAUCACCUACCUCCUUUUAUGAUUUCUGUGGGUUUGAUGAUGUUUAAAUGAGGAGGCUAGAUUUCCAACAUGUCGCGCAAAGUAUUUCAAUUUAAUAUGACGAAUGGCUGAGGACUCGUGUCAGGUGUGUGUGUGUGUGUUUUGUUGUUUUCCACACAGGUCAAUAACCGCUCAUCCUCUCCAGGGCUGCAGCAAUCCCGUUUUUUUCUUCUGUAAUCUUGCCAAACAAUAUCUGGAUUAUCGAUCAGUUUUUCUGUGCGAUUGCACAGGUUUAGCCUUAUCCCACGUACUGUGCUCGGGAGUUGUGUUGAGAUUUUGAUUUUUUUUGUGUUCAGCUGUAGCCUGUUUUCAUCAUACUGUAACCGGAGUCACGAGGUGUGACGACACAAUGGCAGCUUGUUUGAGCCCAAAUUUGAAGUCGUAUUUUACAGACUUUUUUUCCUGUAAGCUCAUAUUCAUACAUACAUACGGUGUGUUUCUACACGGGAGGAUUGUGUGUUCCUAAAAGGCUGCCUGACCUGUACGCGUGUUGUUGAACUCGAGCAGAAGCAACACAGAAAGUAUAAACUUGUAUUAAUCUCAUCUUCUCUCUUUGGAAAAAGGUUGGACAGUGAUAAAUGGAGGAGUAAUAGAUUCCUGAAAACAAAUCAACACAGAUUCUUGUUUCCUUUUCUUUCUUUUUUUUUUUUUAUAAAUUCUGUAAAUACUUAAUGAUUUGUCUAUCAUUUAGGUAUUUUGAUUUGACAGAGAUUUAUAUUCAAAUAUAAAAUAAAAAUGAUAAAUUAUUAGCAA